AUGCUUAACAAAUUAAGCACGAUAGAAAAGAGCACUCCACCAUCGAAACUUGGUGUUGGUAGUCGGUCUUGCUCUCAGUCCAACUUCCGAACAAGUUCCAAGAAUGCCGCAUUGCUCAAAGAGCGGUCAAUCUAUUUGAGCAAUACUAUAGAGGAAAGUGCGUGCAUUUUCCAGAGCAGCCAAUUAGGUGAUGCCGCGUCCUACCUGCCCGAAGAUGAUCUAGAUGAAGCGAAGGACAAUGCACGGAAGGAUUGUAAGGACAUACGAGAUGCUAUUAAGAAAGAACAGGAUGACCUGGAUAAACGGAGACAUGCCUCUAGACGAAUACAACAGAGGCACCUUGGAGUGCAAACUGGUUAUCCCCUGGACACGUAUGAUUUUGAACCAAGAACAUUCCCUCCCGAGGAAACGGAUCCAUCCGGUAUCGCACCCAAAGACAUAAAGCUUCCAUGGUACGAUCCGGUUCGGAUGCUACCUCUCUCGGAUUAUUAUGCGGGGGAACGCGAUCGAAAAGCUAAUGAGGUCUGUGAGCGAAUGCAAAAUGCACAGUAUGCACAGUCAAAUCUUGACCGCUACGGCGCCACAUAUACCCACAUUCGGACCAACUUACAUUCGCCGAAGCAAGAACGCAUGAAACAGCUCAUCGAAGCUGAAGUGGUCUUGAAAUUUUCAAUAACGCAAGAAAAUGCGGGUGGCAUCCUGGCGUUGCUCGCAGUUCCGAUUGAAUUCAUGCUAGAUUGCUCAUUCAUCAUCUACGCCAAUGACGGCAUCCAGACGUUUAAGGAAAUUCGGAUUUUAAGUAUCCCCGGUCCUAGUGUCAGCCAAGUAGCAAACAGGAAAGUGGGGGAAUGGAUGUGCUACAUACAUUUACAGGGUGCACCACCUCUGGUAGCGUGCUGGAAGUGCCAGAAUCAAAAAGAAGUUUGGUCAUUCGCUGACAUAACAACCUACCGGGAACCUUGGAGCGCUCCUUCGCGUAUCCUCAAAACGUCAAGCAAGUGA